AUGCUGAAUGACCUGGACUUUGCUGAUGACAUCGCCCUCCUGGAAUCCUCAAUGUCACAGGCCCAGUCUCCGCUCACCAGGGCUGCUGAUGCCGCAGCAGACCUUGGUCUUGAUAUCAGUGCACCCAAAACAGAGUUUAUGACCAUUACCAACUACAUUGCGAAAUAUGAGCCUGUCAGAGAAUUUGCAAUGUAUUUUCCUACUCAUGGGAGGAUGAAACCCGGAAGACAACGAACCCUGUUCACCAAUUAUUUUGCUUGUCUUCUAGGGGGUCCUAAUAGCCUGCUAAAUGACAGUCAGCUGUUGGAGAUGGCUCAAGACCGCCAUCGAUGGAGGAAACUUGUGGUUGACUGCUCUAAAGCAGUUGUAGGUUGA